AGUUGCAGAAGUUGCCACUGUUACCAAUUCUUUCUCACAUAAAAAAGUAAACUCCCGCCCUAAAACCCUAACCCCAUUCUCUCCAUCGACUGCGAUCAGUCAGCCGCGCACUCUGAAUCUUGUCCUUAAUUUCGUUUCCAAUCAAUCGUCCGUUGCCAUGGCACAAGAGACAGAAGAGAAGUCAUUCAGAGACUUGGGAGUAAACGAACAAUUGGCAGAGGCUUGCGACAAUCUCGGCUGGAAAAAUCCUACAAAAAUACAGGUGGAAGCCAUACCUAUGGCUCUGGAGGGGAAAGAUAUAAUCGGACUCGCCCAAACAGGGUCGGGCAAAACCGGCGCCUUUGCAAUUCCGAUUCUGCAAUCGCUCCUCGAAACUCCGCAGGCGUUUUUCGCCUGCGUGCUGUCGCCCACCCGUGAACUCGCCAUUCAAAUUGCCGAGCAGUUCGAAGCCUUGGGGUCCGGCAUUGGUGUCAAGUGCGCAGUGCUUGUGGGAGGGGUGGACCAAGUGCAGCAGAGUAUUGCCCUAGGAAAGCGGCCGCACAUUGUUGUGGCUACACCUGGUCGUCUUAUCGAUCAUCUUUCUAAUACCAAAGGGUUCUCUUUACGUACGUUGAAAUACUUGGUGCUAGAUGAAGCAGACAGGUUGCUCAACGAGGAUUUUGAGAAAGCAAUUGAUGAACUAUUGAAUGUUAUUCCUCGCGACAGGAGAACAUAUUUAUUUUCUGCAACCAUGACUAAAAAGGUGAAAAAGCUGCAAAGAGCUUGUCUGAAAAAUCCUGUGAAGAUUGAAGCUGCUUCCAAAUAUUCCACUGUUGAUACGCUGAAGCAACAGUAUCGCUUUGUUCCUGCAAAGUACAAGGAGUGUUAUCUUGUGUAUAUUUUGACUGAGAUGUCAGGAAGUACAUCUAUGGUUUUCACUCGAACAUGUGAUGCAACUACCCUUUUGGCUUACAUUCUCCGGAACCUUGGUUUUAGAGCCAUUCCAAUUAAUGGUCAUAUGACCCAGUCGAAACGGCUUGGAGCAUUGAAUAAAUUCAAGGCUGGAGAGUGCAACAUUCUUAUCUGCACUGACGUUGCCAGUAGAGGGCUUGAUAUUCCAUCAGUAGAUAUGGUUAUUAAUUAUGAUAUUCCCACCAACUCAAAGGAUUAUAUACAUCGGGUAGGAAGAACUGCUCGGGCUGGACGGUCUGGAGUUGCAAUUUCGAUUGUGAAUCAGUAUGAGUUGGAGUGGUACUUACAAAUAGAGAAGCUUAUAGGUAAAAAGUUGCCUGAGUACCCUGCAGAGGAGGAAGAGGUUUUGUUACUAUUGGAACGUGUGACUGAAGCCAAAAGAAUAUCUCAAAUGAAAAUUAAGGAAACUGGAGGAAAGAAGAGGAGAAGGGGGGGUGAUGACGACGGUGAAGAAGAUAUCAGCAAAUAUCUGCACCUGAAUAAAGGGAAAUCAUCGAAGGUGAAAAGAAGAUGAGGGGAGAAUCAUCCACUAAUUCAUAUUUACGACACGUUAAAUUUUGCAGUGUAGUUUUUAUUGUAAUGUUCCUUUGUUCCGGGAAAUUCAACCGUCUUAUAUUCUAUAGCCUUGUGGUAGAUUCCAUCUUGCCCCUGUAUGCUUCUGUCUUUUUUACAAAAGAAACCGUCUCCCUUUUGUUGAGUGUUAGAGUACGGGAGUUUAAUCUUGAUCUUCUUUUGGAAA